UUCAUUGUCAUAGGCUGUGUUCAUAGGGCCUUGAUGUCUGCGAAACUGGGACUUCUGGGGUUGAGAAAAACUUUGUAAAACACUGCGGUGAAUUAGAGAAAUGCUAUGGUUAACAAUCAAGAUGGUACAUGCUGAAGCCUUUUCUCGUCCCUUGAGUCGGAAUGAAGUUGUUGGCUUAAUUUUCCGUUUGACAAUAUUUGGUGCAGUAACAUACUUUACAAUCAAAUGGAUGGUAGAUGCGAUUGAUCCAACCAGAAAGCAGAAAGUAGAAGCUCAGAAACAGGCAGAAAAAUUAAUGAAGCAAAUCGGUGUGAAAAAUGUGAAGCUUUCAGAAUAUGAAAUGAGUAUUGCUGCUCAUCUAGUAGACCCUCUUAACAUGCAUGUUACUUGGAGUGAUAUAGCAGGUUUGGAUGAUGUCAUUACGGAUCUGAAAGACACAGUCAUCUUACCUAUCAAAAAGAAGCAUUUGUUUGAAAAUUCCAGGCUUUUGCAGCCUCCAAAAGGUGUACUUCUCUAUGGGCCUCCAGGCUGUGGUAAAACGUUGAUUGCCAAGGCUACAGCCAAAGAAGCAGGUUGUCGAUUUAUUAACCUUCAGCCUUCAACACUGACAGAUAAGUGGUAUGGAGAAUCUCAGAAACUGGCUGCCGCUGUUUUCUCCCUUGCCAUAAAGCUACAGCCUUCCAUCAUCUUUAUAGACGAAAUAGACUCCUUUCUACGAAACCGUUCAAGUUCUGACCAUGAAGCUACAGCCAUGAUGAAAGCUCAGUUUAUGAGUCUCUGGGAUGGAUUGGAUACUGAUCACAGCUGCCAGGUCAUAGUGAUGGGAGCUACUAAUCGUCCUCAGGAUCUUGACUCAGCUAUAAUGAGAAGAAUGCCUACGAGAUUUCAUAUCAACCAGCCUGCUCUAAAACAAAGAGAAGCAAUCCUGAAACUCAUCUUGAAAAAUGAAAAUGUGGAUAGGCAUGUGGACCUGCUGGAAGUUGCCCAGGAAACUGAUGGGUUUUCAGGAAGUGACCUGAAGGAGAUGUGUCGAGAUGCUGCCCUCCUCUGUGUCAGGGAAUAUGUUAAUUCUACAUCAGAAGAAAGCCAUGAUGAAGAUGAAAUUCGACCUGUGCAACAACAGGACCUGCAUCGGGCAAUUGAAAAGAUGAAGAAAUCAAAGGAUGCAGCAUUUCAGAAUGUUUUAACUCACGUUUGUUUAGAUUGAGAGUAAAGAUAAUUUGUACAGUUCAAUGUGAUCCAGUUUGGUGUGCCCUCUUACCAUUAGUGGAAAUAGAACAGAAGGAGGAGUGUUCUUUAAACAGUGAGGGAGUUAUAUGUUCAUGACACUGGUUUUAUACUCUGAAUUCUAAGUUAUUGAGAUAUAGUUGUUAUAUAAAUGGUAUUACUACUUGUGGAAAAUCAUGAGGAGGAACAAUUUAAUUAGCCUGAGUGUGGGUGCUUGUGUUUGACCUCUUUAGCCAUAUGUUACAGCCUUAUAGCAUCUAAGCUGGUCUUAAAGUAACAAAUGAUUUACUGAGUCAUUAGUGAGAAUUGGGGACAUGGCUAAGUGCUGGUUUCUAGAUAUGUGAGUGUGUGUGUGUGUGUGUGUGCGCGCGCGCGCACGCGUGCGUGCGUGCAUGUGUGUAUAUUAAAUGUAUAUAUUCACACAUUUUAUAUUGACAUUCUGUAAAUAGGUUUGAAUACAGAAACUUUUUUUUACUCCAACUACUGAAUCAAAAAGUACCAAAUAGCAUAUCACAAAACUAAGGUUAAUGGUUGUGUCUAAAAGGUACAGUGAUUCAGCCAUUUCUAGUUGUCACUUGUUUCAGUUGUUGUUUGUGUUUUUUUGUGUUUCUGAGGUGUUUCUGUGCAGUUGAAUAGUUGGAGUUGCCGCAUCAGAGACUUAGAUGUGGCUCAGUUAUGGUUGUCAGGGUAGUGAGACAAAAGACUUGCUCAGUGAUCGGCACUGAGUGCUUGUCAGCCACUUGGGUGAUCAGAACUGACUUCAUCUCCUUCUGCAAGCACACUGAGUAGAGACAUUUUUUUAACUGAUACAUGUGAAGGUGGACUGAAAGCCUUUCAAAAGAAUGGCUUUGAAAAACCUCAGUGCCAUUCAGUACAUGUAUGUGACUUUCCUUUCUUCAUUUAAUGUAACAGUUCUGUUGUAACCAUGGUUUAUUAGUAGUAUUUUAAAAUUAUAUGUUCUUUAAUUAUGGUCACAUAUAAUUUGGUCAUCAAAAAUGAAAUGAUAGUUUAAAACAACUAGCUGUUACUAAAUGUGCUAAAAAUACCCAUUUUGUAAUUUAAAUUUUUUUUCUUCGCACAUUAUAAAUUAUGCCCUACUUAGUACAGAUAUGCACAGCAGAAUCCCCAUAUUGUAUCUGUAGUCAUUUGAUGCUGUGUGCACAAAAUAUGACACUUUUUUUGUCCAAAAUUUCAUUAACCAGAAUUCUGUUAUAGGCACUUAAACACACAGCAUGAGGAAAAUGGCACAAUAUGAUCUUGAGGUACCUUCUGAAUUUUUGUUUUUAUUGUAUUUCUUUGAAAAUUCUCAAUCUUAAUUCAUGAGCUACUGGAUUAAUUUCUUUGCUAUUAAGUCUCUCACCAGAACCCAUUGGAUAGUUUGUUCUUCAUUUGUUCUUUGAAUGGUGGGUGGGGUAGAGGUUCAAGUUUUGAAAAAUUGUGAAGAUAAUUGAAAAAUUGAAUGCAAAACAUAAGAUACCAAAAAUAAAAUACUUCAUCUCCAUUUUUAAUAACUAUAUUAUACUAUUAUUUUAUAAAUAUGUAAUAAAGAGGUCCCUCUUAAUUGAGUUUUCUCUACUUACUCCUUUGUCUUCUUCAGUUAUGUAAAAUUUUCUGGGGUUGUUUUGGUUUAUAAAACUUGCCCUUGGACUGUUUUCAUUUGCUGUGUAACUUUUAUAGCAUACAUUCUAGUAUAUAACCAUUAUUUUGUUUUAGCAUGAACUUCAGUAGUCAUUUAAUUUUAAUCUGAUGGUAAUACUGAUCAAAAAUAGGAGUGACAUAUCUCUCUUCAUGUCCUUUCUUUUUAUCUUCUUUUAAAUUCAGAAUAUCCAGUAGUAGUAGUUAAAUUUAUCAUAGUUUGAAUCAUCAAAUGAAGUUAGAGAAAUAAACGAAAGCCAACAACACAUGACUCAUCUAGGCAUCUUAAUAUCUUAAAGUAAUUGAGGAAACUUUAUGAUUUUAAGGAACAUUUAGUGUUAUAUAUCCUUCGCUGUAGACAUGUUUGAUGUAAGCUUUUGGCAUGCAUUGGAUUCUAGGUUCUAAGGUAUUUCAUUUUGGCUAACAGUUAAAAGUACUGGAUCUAGAGUUAGACUGCCUGAGUUUAAAUCCAGGCUCCCUAUUAAUUAACUGUGUAUACGUGGACUAGACACGUAACUUAAUGAGACUCAGUUCCUCAUUUAUAAAAUGGAGUGACAGUGGCACUCAUCUUAUAGGGUGUGUAAUGAGAUGAUGUAUGUAAGGCACGUAGCAUAGUGCCUUCCAUAGUACUGUUCAGAUGUUUGCUAUCACAUUAUUUUAUCGCUUUUACACACUGUUGUACACAUCUGUUUGACCAGGCUCAAUUUUUAAGUAUUCUCCAUGCUUAAACUAUUUCCAUGAUCCCUAGAUCUCUACUCUAGGGAUUGAGAUGAAAUGAUCACCUGUGAUGUUUCUCUAAAAGCCUCAUUGUUGGAAGACAUCUGGUAAGUCUGAUGUGUUUCAAACUAUUCCUUGGCCUUUUUAAAAUAGAGUUUAGAAACUCAAUAUUUGAAUCAAUUCAGUAUCCCCUUUCCAUUUAUCUCCUUUCUCAUUCAACCCUGCAUCUGCAGGGUGAUGCAGAACUCACCAUGUUAUCAAUAGCUGGAUUGGAGUAAUCUAAAUAUUCUGUAUGACCACAAUAAUCUAAUAUUACUUAGUAGCUAUAACUUGAAGGUUUGGAGUCGAGGAUGUCUCAAGCUUUGAGUGUGCCUGAAUAAAAAUGGUAGGAAUUCCGUUGGUAGGAAUUUUUCUUUUUUAAACUAGAAUUGUUUUAUUUGUGGACAGAGGUUACAGCUUCUUCUGGAAAAAGGAAAUGAAUUCGAUGAUGUCUAUUUUAUAAUUCUCUUUUUAGCUUCUCUUAAGGUCAGAAUAUUGAAUAGAAUUCUGAUAUGCUAAGCAUAUAUCCUGCAUGGCUAAAAUCCCAGCACCAACUGGAAGCCUCAAAUAAAGCCAUAGAAUCAUUCCAUUUAGAGCUGACAGAAUAUUUAGAGAGCCUUCAUUACUGAAAUUGUUAUAAAUUUAGUUAUCAAAGAUAGAGUUCCCUAAUCGUCUCAGAAGUUACAGCUCGCGCUCUCUCUCUCUCUUUUUUUAAUUGAAGUAUAGUUGAUUUGCAAUGUUCUGUUAGUUUCAGGUGAACAGCAAAGUGACUCAGAUAUGUGUGUGUAUAUAUAAAUAUAUAUAAAUCUUUUUUAUAUAUUUAUGUAUUUUAUAUAUAUAUAAAAUCUUUUUCAGAUUCUUUUCCAUUAUAGGUUAUUAUAAGAUUUUGAAUAUAGUUCCCUGUGCUAUACAGUAGGUUCUUUUUUUUUAACAUCUUUAUUGGAGUGUAAUUGCUUUACAGUGGUGUGUCAGUUUCUGCUUUAUAACAAAGUAAAUCAGCUAUACAUAUACAUAUAUCCCCAUAUCUCCUCCCUCUUGCGUCUCCCUCCCACCCUCCC